AUGACAGGUUUAUCUAUUUUGAAGAACUCAGCGUGGGUGGCAGAAUUAACGAACGCUGUUUUCAUUCUCUCCUCUGCACCCCGCCAUUUCUUUCUUUCUUUCUUUCUUAUGUGCGUGCAAGGAGUGUAUCGUAUUCUUUUCCCACCUUUCUCUCGCUCUAUUUUACUCGUUCUUUCUUCUUUUUUUCCCUUUCUUUCGUCCUCUUUCCUUCAAUCUUCUUUAAUGUCUUUAUCUCGUCCUCUUGAUUUCGUGCUUUUUUUCUCGCACUUCUUUUUCUUUCUUUCACUGUCUUUCUCUCUUUCUCUUUCUCUCUUCUUUUCUUAUUCUUUUUUUAGACAUUUUAUUCUCAUAUUCCCGUUGCCUCCCUUUUUGAGUCAUUUUCCCUCUUCGUCCUGUAUCGUUCUUUCUUUUCAUUUUCUUCUUCGUCUCCUUUUUCUUCAUAUUUUUCUUCCGUUUAAUUUCUGUUUAAAUACCUUCCACGAUUCUUUCUUCGUUUGGAAAUCCCAUAUUUCAUUUCGUCAUAUCACUCGUCAAAGCCGUAUUGGUCGCCAGAGGGCGCUAUUAUCGCCAUCAUCACCGAAAUUAUUGCGAUCGUUUGCGCCCUCGUCUCUGUUAUCAUUGACUGACCAUCAACGCUCUCGCCGACAUCACUAUCGUUGUCGCCGUGUGCCCACUUAUCGUCCCUCACAACCUCUUGACCCGCCUGAUGAUGACCGUCAACACAGAUUUCCUUAUAGACAUCAUCAUGUUGCUACCAAAGACAAAUUCUAA